GAUUUCUAGUCAGGAAUGCUUGCCUUAUGAAUGUUUAUUGGACCCGUCUUAUAUAAUAUGAAUUUUGGGUGAUGCCGUACUUAUUGUAAGCAAUAGAAAUGAAAAACGUGAAUAAGUGCAAGAAAUUGUAAUUCGUCAAUAUUAAUUGAACUUUAUGCAAGUAUUAGACUCAAGUAUUUCUUUGAUAGCGGCGCCAUGAGACAUGAAACAUCGCUGUUCGGAGGUCCUUGUCUCAGUGAAAACAUUUCUAUCGGGCUCAGUACGCCCAAGUGUAAGCAAACUCCUCUGACUUCGCCCGUUGUGCGUUAUUCUAAGAAGCCAGUGCUAAGCGACCGUACGAACACAGACUCACCAUCAUACGAACAUCUGAGCCUUCAUCGCAGUCUCGGCCACUGCAGGGAUGCUGGCUUCUGGCAUAAAGUUGUCACUCCGGGAGGAAGCCUAACUUUCAAAAGACGUGGUGUUCAGAGUAAAGGCCUGAUGAGCAUAGAAAUGUCUCAUCUUCAGACGUGUGCCGAACAUCCGCCUAUUGGAUCACCAGAUGACGGCUUUGAUCCAAGUGCUGAAAAGUUUACAGAUGACUGGCAAACCGCUUUAAAUCCUAAGGACGAAUCUAAUGUUGAUCCUUUUAACACACUUCCUCGAAAUUACAAGUGUUCUUUACAACGUCAGAGUUUACCUGGUUCAAGAGGCCCAUUUUUCCCCAAGCAUUCCCCGAUAUCUGAAGUAGCUAAAUCACCAUAUUUGUAUCUCAAAUCCAAGCUGAAGAGCAAAGGACCGCGCUUGUCUUGCUCUCCCUUACGGUCAUCCCACAAGCAUGCUUCUCAGGAUUACCUGCACAGAAUAUCCUCACUGAGCAAGAAGCACGGUGCCCCUCGGUCGAGCGUGGAAGUUUGCCCUCAGUCCAGCACUUGGGGUCAUCACUUCACAGGCAGCCGGCCAUCAGUGUGCACACACUGCACUCUUAUGCGCACUCUUGCGGCCAAUUCGACGCUGCCACGAGCAGGACUCAAGCGCAUGCCUCCUACACCGCCUUCACCAAGACGAGCGUUCCAUGCGUCGUGGUGGUCUCGCCUCUCCAACACAUCCCGCGAGCUUCAGGCGCUGUCCUCGAACACGCUCAACGCUAUCGCCAGUUGUCCACCACCGGAUGUUGUUCUCCACGGACCCGACGUCACCAUCAACUGGAGCGGGGACGGCAGCAGCAGCAGCAGCACCAGCAGCGGACGUCAGUUCACACGCAAGUCCAGCUUACCGCGCCCCUUCCACCGUCGUCCUGCCGACCAAACCAUCCCUUCUGACGCCGAGCAGACAGGAUGCAUGGACAGCCGAGCAGGAUCGUCGGAAGACGCGCCUUCUGAAGGAGGGUCGGGCGACAGAGUGCAAGCGUGGGCCACGUCCUUUGAGAAGCUCCUCGAAGACCCUGUUGGUCUCAACACCUUCAGUGAGUUCCUCAAGAAGGAAAUUAGUCACGAGAAUAUAUAUUUUUGGACUGCAUGCGAGCGAUACCGACUAGGAAUCAGUUCGGAUUCAUCGAACAACAAUAACAACGUGGAGUGCAACAAGCCCUGGAGUGAGUGGGCCGGCCGACAUGAAGCAGCAACCAAAAUUUACAACACCCACUUGGGUGACAACGCCCCGGAGCCCGUCAACGUCGACUCCCAGGCGCGGCAGAUGGCGCAAGACGGACUGCGACAACCCACUCAAGAUCUCUUCGCAACGGCCCAGAAGCAGGUGUUCAACUUGAUGAAGUUUGACAGCUACAGUCGCUUCCUGAAGUCUACCCUGUACCAGGAGUGCCUAGAACGAGAAUCUCGAGGUGAAAGCCUGCAGUUUGGUAACAAGGAAUCUUGGGACCCUAACUUGAGAAUCCUGCCUCUUCAAUCGUUGUCGUCUGGAGACGCUCAGAACGCCAACAAUUUUAACAAAGGUAAAAAUGAUCUUGACGAGCGCCGUCGACGUUCCCUUCUGCCAUGGCAUCGCAGCAAAGACCGCAGCAAGAGCAAAGACCGCCUCCAGUCCGGCGCUGCGGACGCGCGUGCCGCUGCCAAGUCCAAGCGACCGCUCAUCUCGUCCAACGUUAAAGACUCGGCGACCACGAAGGCCAAGAGCCUCAGUGUCAGUGCCAGUCGCUUGGUCCGUGGCACCAGCACCGACAGUGCCAACGCUCAGCAAGGUGUCGGGGUGAGGAGCAACAGCGUGUCAAGGGUUGUCGGUAGCCGACAUCCCUCAGAAUCGUCGGGGAGCAUCGGGAAGACGUCCGACGUGUCUGGCAGCAGAACGUCUCUCAAUUCGGGCUCCGAGGGCGCAUUGGUGGCGGGAAGAAAGGCCGUUUCGAAAGAAAGCCUGACGAGCAGCGACUGCCUGAGCCUGAGCGGCGGUGAGGGCGGCAGUGGCACGGUGUCGGGUCGAUGUCGUGUCAUCCUGCCGGACCGCAGCCAGAGCGUCGUGGCCGUGCGUGGGGGCGUCUCGGUCGAGCGCGUCAUGAGGCGCAUGCUGGACCGCCGGGGCCCCUUCGCCUACAACGUCGUCAUGGCGGGGAAAGGCGACCGCCUCGUGUCGGGAUCCGAGGACAGCAGCGUGCUGUGUGGCGCUGAGGUUCGUCUGCAGCAACUCGUCCUGUUCAGGCUAGACCUGCCCAAUCAGAAAACUGUUUGUGUCAAAGCCAAGCCCCACAAGCUGGCCAGCGACGUGCUCAGACCCAUCCUCGCCAAAUACGGCUUCAAGCUCGACCUCAUGCACAUCCACACCGUUGAAGAGAACCCUCGACCCGUGAACGUCAAAGGGCAAAUAACAGAACUGGAUGGCCAAAAGUUCGUCGUACAAACCAAGGAAGAUGUAAAGGAGUGGGGCGUUUCGGGAGUGGGCAACGGCUGUGGUGUCGCAAGUGCUGCCCAGGACUCAGACGCUCUGGACGCGAUCACCAACAGAGUGUUUGAAGACCUCCUGCAGAGCAAGACUUCACACCAGCUCCUUAGCAACUGUGACUACGAUGCGCGAUCUGCCAAGACCGAUGUGUGCAGCGACUACUCAGGAGGGCUACGCGGCUCUCUAGGGCGUAAAACUAACAUUACUGAUAAGUCCCGUCCUGGUGACGGGGGCCGAGGAGCCAGCAGCAACAGACCAGUCCACACGCCUACCAAGGAAAAUGACGAACUGUACGAAGGCCUCAAGCGAGCGCAAAUGUGUCGCAUCGAAGACCAGCGAGGGACUAAAAUAAACUCUGAACUGCCGGACUUUUUGAAGCGUGACUCAGAGAAUAAAGAGAAUGAGAUGAUCGUUGAUGAAACUGAGGAUACAACUUCCCACUUCUUGAUGCCAGAAGCUACUCCUUCUGCGGCCUCAGGAUCGUGUUUUUCUAACAGCCGAACAACCGAUCACCAGCAUCCCUUUUAUCCUAAUCACCAUCAUCAUCAUCAUUAUCAUUACACUCCGUCUUCUCAACAACAGAACUCAGCCUGCGCGUCAGAAGCGCAUGGCUCGAGCGAAGAACAUUCCCAAAAUUUGAAUACGAACUCAACUCCAACAUUGCAUGUGAGUUCUUCGUCUCUAACUCAACAUCAGGCACAUCAUAACUUCUGGUCUGACAUCAGUGGAGGUGGAAGCUCUAUUCCGUCAUCUUUAUUAGCUACUUCGUCAUCUUCGUUAUCGUCAUCUACUGGUUUGCCAAUGUCUUCUUCCAACAAUUUUGACGGUAUUGACACUCCCUUGACGAUAGCUAGGAACUUCUUGUUUGACAUGCAGUACGACGCUCCUGAAAUUUCGACCGCAAGACCAAAGCUUCGACCAAGACCAGAAUCUUGCGUCAACACGCGGCCGGAUGCGUUCAUGGGACCUGAUCAAGUUAAUCGCCCAAAAUCUUCCUGCGGUUCACUCACUGCUUCACCAGAUAGGACUUUAAUCGCUUCUCCUGAUAUGGACAAGACUCUAUCCUCCGAUACAUCCAUGGAUCAGGCCGGCGACGUAUUCACGAACAUGCGCAUGCGCGGUCACGAGAACGAAGAUGCCAGCCGACCCAGUCUCCUGGCAGCUUCAGCGAGACCAUUCUUGCAACAGCACCGCGGCCCUCAGUACUUACGUCGUCAUGACCACCACCAUCAUCCUCAUCCUUCACCUAUGGACAGCAUGAUGUCAAAUACUAACCCGUCUUCUGCGUCACAUCUUGCAAAUUUCUCGUCGUUUUUAAACAGCCUCGGUUCAGGAGCAACCGGUGGAGUAUCAGUCAGGAGCGCAAACAGAAACGGGGCUUUUGAAGGGAACAUGGCCACUCCUCCUCCUCCUUUGCCUCCCAAACCCAAGCUGGGAGCUCCAGCAAGAGGACCUCCUCCUCGUCCUCCCUCUCGACAGCUUCCUUCUGGACCGCCUUCCUCUGGCUACGUCUCAGGUCUACUGGAGGGCUCGACACUCAGGGGGGCGGGAGCCUCUGACAUGAGCUCCAGUCAAAAAACGCAAAGCAAAGAUUCAAUCAGCUUUGUAUGAAUGGAGAAACCCCAUUAACAUUUUUUAGAAUUAGUAAAAUUGUUUUGUUUAGUGUGAAUGUGCCACCAAUAUUAAGCGCUUUAGCAUGAUAUUAAUUAAUUAUUGCGCCACCUCGUGAUGUUACGUUUAGGUCGUACGAAGGAUAUGAUUGCGCGUUGGUUGGUUUUAAGGAAUAAUUUGUUCCGCGUUACCAUGCCCGUCUCAGUUUACCCUGACCAAUACAUGUUACUCACGAGAAGCUUCGCCUCGUUGUGGCGGUCAUUACGAGGGCGUUGUGUUGCAAACUCAAAUCUUAAGAGUUUAUAACAUGUACUUUCAUACGUUACUUUUGUGAGGCAUGGCAUUGUUUUUAAGAGUUUGGAUCGAGUGGCUGCUCGUUGGCAUUUCGUAAAAGUCUUCGUUCAGUACAAAUUCGUGUACAGUAAGCGUAAUGUUUCUUACAACUUUUUCAUGCCAUGCUACCCACACGAAAGAUGUGCCAGUACACGCUGAAGGUUUUUCUUAGCUAUGAGCUUAUUCCAAGUUAGGAAUUAAUAAGACCAGGCUUUAAUUUUGUUUACAAUAACUACAAAUUUUUGGUUUGUCAUUACAUUAUUACAUUACGUACGUGUUGCCUUGAACCGAGAUAUUAAAACAAAACUAUAAACAGAGAUGUCUUAACCUUAUGUUGUAGGUUGUGUUGUCUAAAUUCUGAUUCUCUUGUAUAGCUGAUUUUAGCGGACCUGCAUUGGCUCAGCUCCGCGAAAUUGAAUUAGUAAUUUUCAAAGGCAACACUUCCAUUGUUUUAAAUGAGAAAAAUUAUUUGUGCACCAUCAAUUAACUUCCUGAUGAAUGGUAAUUGAAACAUAUAUUAAUGUGUCGCAUUGCAUAUACAGGAAAAGGAGGAAUUUCUUUGAUUACGUCGAGUGUUGGGGAGGACCUAGAACUUUCGCUGAUUGCUUGGUUCACUUCAUCCUAGUGACAUCUGACGUUUUUACCGAGGCAUUUGUUGUAGUAGUGAGUUAUUUAUAUGAAUUGUUAUAUUUUCUUGUUAUUAGCUCUUCUGUUCACUGCGUGCGACCCUACAGUACUUGCUAUUUUGCCUUGGAAUCCCACCCACUUCCUUCCUUGCUGACAAACGAUCUUUUUGUUUCAAUUUAUAAUUGAAGCAAUAUCGAUUCGACUUACUCUUGGACUGUUUGGUUUGCCUUUGUGGCGUAAACAAAUGUGACGUGAAUAAUCCGAAUGUACUAUUCUUCACUUUUGUUUCCUGUGAUAUUCGAUUUCCUUUCCAUUUAAUUGAUAAUGACGAUUCACGACGAUCUGGUGAAAAUUAAUCAUAGCCUUUUUACGCACGCAAAAUCAUGACAGCGCUCUGGAUUUUUCAACAUCCCGAGACGUAAUGCAUUUUUACCCUUCAGCAUAAGUGUAAAUUAAUUAUUUAUGUUGCAAUUUAAGGUGUACCUGAACAUACUGUACAUAAUUCUGCGCCGCAAGGGUUUGUAAAUAUUCAUUAGCUUGAGUUCCUAGCCAUUGCAUCUUGUUGCCAAUGUAGAAUCUAUAUUUGUUUCUGUAUAAAGUUCGUAUCAAGAAGAGAUAAAGUUAUAAGUAAACGAGACUUCAUUUCCCUCGUAGUUUGUCACGAAUCGCACAAAUGUUCCUUGUUAUUAAAUUAAUCUAUAUUAUUUAUUCUUUGUGUGCGAAACUUAUUCCAUGAUGAUAAUUGCUAGCAAUCCGAUGUUUACAUUUCUGGGAAUUAGUACAUCUCACACUUUACAAAAAUGUCUCGUAGCUGUAGGUUGAAUGAAAAUUGUGCACACUACAAUACUUUUGUCAGAAACGGUAAAUUGAAAACAGAUCAACAAUGCUUAUUAAUAUAAGUGACACUGCUGGCACGGUGAAUGAGACAAAUCGUGUAAAACAUCUUCACUUAAGAGCAAAAUUCAUUUCAGCUCACGGCUUUUGAUGAAUGUGAUCAAUUUAAGAGCACGUAGAAAUAUAGGUAAUUAUUAAGCAGAUACAGAGCGCAGCUUUUACAAAUUG